AGUGCGCCUGGUGAGAUAGAUAGGGACUGAUGCGUCUCCACCACCUUCGUGCUGCUGCUGCUUCUUCUUUUUGGCCACUACAAUUUAAGCACCAACAGUUAUCCUUUCCAUUCUCCUCUUCUCCUUUCGUCUUUCCUUCCCCUGUGCUGUGAACACAAAUGGCGGACUUGGCUUCCUUGUUCAGUCGUUGAGCUUUUUGCAAUUGUGUAUGUUUAUUUCCAUAUUUUACAAGGCGCCUCGCGAUUCGAGCUCCCUUAGAAAAGGGGGAAAAUGCCUUCUUUGAUGAUGCUUCCUUCUGGCUGCUGCAACGCUGCGCUUUCCAGGGUUUACCUCUCCGCCGCUGCCUUCCGCCCUGCGCCGUCGGCACUGGGCUUCGGCACCCAAAUAGCUACCUCGGCCGUCCACCUCAGCCGUCGCGGCGCCCCGCCGCCGCCCCGGGUUAUGGAGGUCGAGACCUCCCCCGCGCCGCCUGACACGGUCCUCUCGACGGGCUUCGAUUUUAAGGGUUACAUGCUCGAGAAGGCCGCCGCCAUCAACUGCGCCCUCGAUGCGGCCGCGCCGCUCGCGCACCCAGAGCGGAUCCACGAGGCGAUGCGCUACUCGCUCCUCGCCGGUGGCAAGCGCGUGCGCCCCGUGCUGUGCCUGGCCGCCUGCGAGGUCCUCGGCGGUGGGAGCGCCUGGGCGAUGCCGGCUGCCGUCUCCGUGGAGAUGAUCCACACCAUGUCGCUCAUCCACGACGACCUCCCCUGUAUGGAUGACGACGACCUCCGCCGCGGCCGCCCUUCUUGCCACCGCGCCUUUGACGAGGCCACAGCCGUCCUCGCUGGCGACGCCCUCCUCGCGCUCGCCUUCGGCCACCUGGCCAAUCCUGCGUCGUACCCUGCCGACGGAUCUGUGCCCCCGGACCGGAUCGUGCGUGCCGUGGGCGAGCUCUCUCGCUGCGUUGGCGCCGAGGGCCUCGUCGCGGGCCAGGUGGCCGACCUCGAGGCCACUGGCGUCGGAACUCCCGUCACUCUCGACCAUCUCGAAUUCAUCCACCUCCACAAAACCGCUGCUCUUUUGGAAGCUUCAGUUGUCCUCGGCGCCAUUUUGGGCGGCGCCUCCGACGACCAGAUUGACAAGCUGAGGAAGUAUGCCAAGUCCAUCGGCCUACUGUUCCAGGUAGUCGACGACAUCCUCGACGUGACCAAGUCAUCGGAGGAGCUGGGGAAGACGGCAGGGAAGGAUCUGGCCAGUGAUAAAACAACCUACCCAAAGCUAUUGGGACUGGAAAAAUCAAAGGAAUUCGCCGACAGGCUACUGAAAGAUUCCAGGGAGCAGCUCGCCGGUUUUGAUCCAAUAAAGACGGCACCUUUGCUACAACUAGCAAAUUACAUCGCCUACCGCGACAAGUAGAUCAUGUUCAUGGGAAGAACAGAUGACAAUAGCUGCUUCCUCCAUUUCUAUGGCACAGUUCAUAUUCUAGGUUGGUGGAUGAGGUAAAUCACACUAUUAAUCAGAUGAACUAGAUUCUCAUCGUAGACACUCGACUGUGCCAUACCUGACAUUUGGAUCACGCUAUGCAAUAGGAAUUUGCUCUUUGAAGUGAGUGACAGAAUGGUUAUCCUUGCUAUCAGAAAUUGGAACAAGUUGCUGAAAUCGAAAUGCCCUUGGCUAAGCAGGCUACUCCAUCAUCUGAAUUCAUGACAAACAUUUUAAAAAAAAAGUCUCCACACUGGAGAGUUUAAGCACUAAUCCUGUAACAAUAACCUUUGUUCUUUCUGGACAGAAGUAAUUAUCCAUGUUCUAGUUUGGUGCAUAACUUGGACAAUCUGUAAACCUUAUGUUCAGAACCAAGAAUUAAUUAUUUGGAUAAGAUUUGUCA